CAAUUAAUGACGAAACGACUUCAGUUCUUUGUCUCGUCGCCUCUAUGGGCCCCUCACAAGGACAAAGAGAAGUAGAAAAGAACAUGACGUAAAAAGAGUUGACUUCGUCGUUAUAGAUCUGUGGGAAAUUGUAGAUGUAUCGGUGACAGUAACAGCAAGUGUAGCCAUCGCCAGAGAACGAACUAUCGAAUAACCGAGUCGUACGUAACCAUGGGAGCUUCGCAGUCAAGCCAGAUUUUCGUCGGGAAACGUCGAGAAAUCAAGAAACAGAUUGAAAUAUUCUGGAAGUACCCAUCAGCCCGCUCAGACGUCGAUGCAUACUAUAAAAAUGCGGAAAAUCAUCAAUACACAAAGCCUCCUGGGUAUAAAGGUUUAAGAUGGAUCGAGAAGAAAACGCCGUUCACUGACUGGAAAGAUAAAAUUCUCGCCCACAAUGACAAGGUCAUUAUCAUUAGAAAUGAAGCGUCUCCUGAUAUCCGGCAAUAUACAAAGGGCGAGGAACACAAGGCGGGUAUGUCGCUGAUCCAUGUACUAAUUAUAUCCAAGGAGAAUCUGUUCAAUGGUGUGUCGCUAGACUCAACCAAUGCGGAUAUCAUUCCUCAGGGCAUAGAUCUAUUCAAAACGAGUUGGGAUAAUGACCCAAGUUUUCGCCAGGCAGUCUUAGAUCACCAGGUGGAAAUGAUUAGGAAGCGGGACCGGAAUGUUGAUAUUGCAAUGGGGCAUUUUGAGAAGAUGAAAGAGAAGGCACAAGCCCUCAGGGCCGACGACUUUACGUUUGGUCUGCACUUAUCGCCCGAUCAUAGCGUUCCCCAUUUCCAUAUCCAUGCUAUUGCCACGCCGAAAGAGUUUCGCAAACAUAGUACCAAGGUCCACGAUAAAAAGACCAAGGAUGUGCUCGAGGUUUAUCACAUUGCCAAGAACCGUACCAAUGCACCUAACCGUCAUCGAUUCCUAAAUGCGUUCAUGCCACGAAGUUGGCGCGGCGAGAGGGAAAAGUCCAUGCAACAAAAAUAA